AUGCUCUUCGUCAACGACCUCCCCUGGGUCGUCCACCUCUAUCUCGAAGGCUACUACCUCAACGACUGGGGGCAUUUUGCCGACAACAUUCAUGUUGUCUCUCCGCUCAUGAGGUCUAAUAAACCGACGGGAAGCGUACUAAAAGACGAUGGGACGCCAAUGACGGACAAAGAGAAAUUUCUUCAAGAAAGAGCUACUGCGUUUUUUGGAAAGAUUGGUGGCAGGGUGGUGGAUGAGGCGAAGGUGGGGGGGGAUAAGUCGACGGAUGGGACGGUGUUUUCGAGAAAUGGAACUGCGGAGGACAAGGAGGUGUACACGCUUUCGUUGGAUAAAGACAAGGUGAUGAAGGGAGUGACGGUCAAGAUUGAGGCUAUCUAG